CUACUACUAAUUUGCCGAAAUAGUGUUUAGUCUAUGAAUUUGCCUUUGCUCGAAUUUGCCAAGAAAUUUUCACCACCUAUUUAUAGCUUCUGCUUCUAACAACAAUGUAAAUCCUUGGAUUGGUUUGCAUUAGACCUAAAAUAUCACCUAACAAUAAUUAACAGGGCGAAAUAAAAAUAGGACAGCAUCAGCCAUUAAAAGCCACAUGAAGGAUUGAUUUUAACCAUUUAUUUUCAGCCCUUUUCUAGUGAUGGAUUCUGAAUCUUCACUAGAUGUAGAUUGUGAUUCUGUAUCUUUUCCUAAUAAUCCUAAUGUAAGUAAUAAAAUAUAGUUCAUGUUCUACGGAGAGGAAGUCAGAGACAAUCAUUCAGUUAUAAAGUCUUUUUAAUUUAUUAUACCAACUUUGGAUUUAUUUUUAUACGUUAACUUGCAAUACUACAAUGGGUAGUAUUAGUCUAACAGCAUUUAUGGAUACUUAAUGUUAAGAAGUUACUAAAUAUUAAGACUAAUAUUAUGUAAAUAAGACAUGUUGAAUGUCACUGGGAUCUGUUGGAUGCCAUCAAUGCUGGAUUUGUUGUUAUGAUGAGCCUUCAGCCAGUGUCAAGCAGUGAAUCUGUAUUAUGAAAACCUGCCCUCUGUGCAACUGUCAAAUUAAAUUAUACUUCAUCAAUUUUACUGAAAAAUUUUUGAUGUGCGAAAAUGAUGACUGUGAAUUUCCAUUUGGACAUGAAGACCUUCAGUUUGUGAAACUAGGAAAUGAUUAUAAUGGAGAUGAUGACUUAUCUAGUGUAUUCAGUAGGAGCACUAGAGCAUCAUCUGUUGCCUGCAGCUCUGUAGUUUCCAAUAUAGCCUGGGGUGAAAUAGAAAAGAUGAAUAGGAUUUAUGAGUCUGAAGACAGUCAGCUAGAGACAAGGUUAUUGAACAGCUCAGCUGAUCGUGACCAUGUCCUCAUGAAAUCUCAAAAGGACAAAGAAAAUGAUGAAGAAUUGAAGAAGAAUAUCCAGAAUAUAACACAGUUGACAAAAGAGUUGAGAGAGGCAGAGAGUAAUGGCCCUCUCCGGCUACAAAACCAGAAGUGGAUUCAGAAUUUGAUGAGAGUUCAGGAGCUGUCUGGGGUGAAACUAUUGCGAGAAGAAGAAAUAGAAAGGCUUAAGAAGAAAGAGCCGGAGUUGGGUUUAGGAGAGUUGACAAUUGAUUUAGCUUCAAAAGAAGAUGAAAUGUCUUGUAUAAAAAUUAAAAUUGCUAAUAGAACAGAGAAACCCAAGGAACCUGAAAACUGAAUGUCUUUGCAAAAAUAAUUCACUGAGCUCUGUUAAAAAUAGAUAGAGAAAACAAUUCAGGAUCUUAUCCUUGUUCAUUGAGAACAACGUCAUCACUGAAUAAAGGCAAACUUGCUGAGUUUGAUUUGUUGUCUAUCUGAUAACUGGUUUUGUUUUGGACCAGCAGUCACUAACUUAUUAAAAACAUUUAAGUUGAAAUAA